UGUAUGAGCUGAUGGCAAGGAAUGAAAUGUUCUUCCUCAUCCCCUGGAGUCCAGUUUUGUAAUGGAUGUGUUCAUAUAUUUGUCUACUUUUUACCCCACAGGUUUUGCGUUACUUUGACUACGUGUUCACAGGUGUCUUUACCUUUGAAAUGAUAAUAAAGAUGAUAGACCAGGGCUUGAUUCUCCAUGACGGCUCCUAUUUCCGGGACCUGUGGAACAUUCUAGACUUUAUCGUGGUGGUCGGAGCUCUGGUGGCCUUCGCCCUCACGAAUGUGCUGGGAAAUAAUAAAGGACGGGACAUCAAAACCAUCAAGUCUCUUCGGGUGCUGCGCGUCCUGAGGCCCCUGAAGACCAUCAAGAGACUACCGAAACUCAAGGCAGUGUUUGACUGUGUGGUGACCUCUCUGAAGAACGUCUUCAACAUCCUCAUCGUCUACAAGCUCUUCAUGUUCAUUUUCGCUGUCAUCGCUGUGCAGCUGUUCAAGGGGAAGUUCUUCUACUGCACUGACGSAUCCAAAGACACAGAGAAGGACUGCCAAGGCUUCUACAUCAACUAUGAGAAAGACAAGCAGGACGUGAAGAGGAGGGAGUGGAGGAGACAUGACUUUCACUAUGACAAUAUAGUCUGGGCCCUACUCACUCUGUUCACCGUCUCCACUGGGGAAGGCUGGCCACAGGUCCUGCAGCACUCUGUGGACGUGACAGAGGAGGACAGAGGACCCAGCCAGGGCAACAGGAUGGAGAUGUCCAUCUUCUAUGUCAUCUACUUUGUGGUCUUCCCCUUCUUCUUCGUCAACAUAUUUGUGGCUCUCAUCAUCAUCACCUUCCAGGAGCAGGGAGACAAGAUGAUGGAGGAGUGCAGCUUGGAGAAGAAUGAGAGGGCUUGCAUUGACUUUGCCAUAAGUGCCAAACCCCUGACCCGCUACAUGCCUCAGAACAGACAGACGUUCCAGUACCGCCUCUGGCACUUUGUGGUCUCCCCCUCCUUUGAGUACACUGUGCUGGCCAUGAUUGCACUCAACACCAUUGUCCUGAUGAUGAAGUAUUACUCAGCCCCACCAGUGUACGAGGCUAUGCUGAAACACCUGAACACAGCCUUCACUGUGCUCUUCUCUGUGGAGUGUGUCCUCAAGAUCAUGGCCUUUGGCUUUCUGAACUACUUUCGAGACACUUGGAAUAUAUUUGACUUCAUCACGGUUUUGGGCAGCAUCACAGAAAUAGUGGUGGACCUGCAGUCAAUUGAGACCUUCAACAUGGGUUUCCUGAAGCUGUUCCGAGCUGCUCGACUGAUCAAGCUGUUGAGGCAGGGUUACACCAUCCGCAUCCUGCUCUGGACCUUUGUCCAGUCCUUUAAGGCUCUCCCCUACGUCUGUCUGCUCAUUGCCAUGCUCUUCUUCAUCUAUGCAAUCAUCGGAAUGCAGGUUUUUGGAAACAUCAGACUGGAUGAGGAGACUCACAUCAACCAACACAACAACUUCAAGACCUUCUUUGGUGCUCUGAUGUUGCUAUUCAGGAGUGCCACGGGGGAGUCGUGGCAGGAGAUCAUGCUGUCAUGUUUAGGGGGGCAGAAGUGUGAGCCAGACCCCUUAGCUCUAACAUCAGACCACGAGGAGCGCUGUGGAACUGAGUUUGCCUACUUCUACUUUGUUUCCUUCAUCUUCUUCAGCUCAUUUCUGAUGCUGAAUCUGUUUGUGGCUGUGAUCAUGGACAACUUUGAGUACCUCACCCGGGAUUCUUCCAUCUUGGGGCCUCAUCAUCUGGAUGAGUUUGUUCGUAUCUGGGGUGAAUACGACCGAGCUGCUUGUGGAAGGAUUCACUAUAAGGAGAUGUACACAGUAGUACGCACUAUUUCCCCUCCCCUGGGCUUUGGAAAGAACUGCCCCUACAACGUGGCCUGCAAGAGGCUGGUGCUGAUGAACAUGCCCGUGGAUGAGGAGAUGUCUGUUCACUUCACCUCCACCCUCAUGGCCCUGAUCCGAACUGCCCUGGAGGUCAAGAUAGCCAGAGGAGGGGAGGACAGGGGGCAGAUGGAUUCAGACCUACAGAAGGAGAUCGGUAUCAUCUGGCCACACCUUUCUCAGAAGACCCUAGACCUGCUCGUCCCCAUCCACAAAGCCAAUCAUAUGACCAUUGGGAAGAUCUACGCAGCUAUGAUGAUCAUGGACUACUACAAGCAGAGCAAAGCCAAGAAGCUCAGGCAACAGCUGGAGGAGCAGAAACACGCUCCCAUGUUCCAGCGUAUGGACGCGUCCUCUCUGCCUCAGGACAUCCUCUGCAGUGCCAAAGCCCUCCCCUUUCUGACCCACAGCGCUGGAWCUGCCCUGACCAGAGGAGGGUUUGUGGCCYUGAGUCCCAUCUCCCCCCAGGAGAUGUUCAUGCAACCCAUGUCCCAGGACCUUGAGGAUAAAGAGGAGGACUACCACCACUAUCACUACCACCACCACCAGCUCCACACUCUGGUUCCGGAGCGCAAAGAGUUUAACCGCAUCCUUUGCCCUACUAACAGGCAGGAUGCCCCACUCAAGGUGCCCGGGUGGGCAGUCUCUAUCCGAGCCUCGUCUAUGCCUCAGCUGGCUGUAGACACACAGGUUGGGACAGACAGCAGCAAAUUGAUGAAACGCUCCUUCUCCACUAUUGGUGAUCAGUGCGUAAAUGGGCUGUGGCAGGAGGAGUACUCUCUGGAGAGGUUCAGUUCUGACCGUCUGUAUAGACCACGACAGAGGAGCAUCAGAGGCAUCAGGUCCAACCUCAGGGAACCAGUGGAUCAAGAGCGGGGGCGCUCCAAAGAGCGGCGCCACCUGCUGUCUCCYGACGUGUCCCGCUGCAACUCUGAGGAGCGGGGCCAGGACCCGUCACAGGAACGCAAGCAGUCCCGCUCCCCCAGCGAGGGACACGCACAUGUCCACCAUAGACAGGGCAACACUUCAGGCAGCCCAGGCCCGUCUAACUCUGAGUCCAGCACCCCCAGUGGCCGUCGGCAGCUCCCCCAGACGCCAUCGCGGCCACGCCCUCACAUCUCCUACUCCCCCCUGAUAUGCCGAGCCCACCCCYCCCCCCCUGCUGUCAGCGAGGGCAGAGCCCAGAUCCAGAAAGCCCCUGGAGAGACGGAGGAGCCCUUGUGGAGGGAGGAAGGGGAGAAGCCAGCCCAGGUGGCAGGAGCAGGAUCGGGGGUGGGGGUGGUAGUAGGGGUGAGUGACCCAGGGUUAGGGGUCAGUCACCCACAUCCCUCCCCUCACCGGUACAUCUCGGAGCCAUACCUGCCCCUGCACGAGGAGUUCCACAGCCCAGACUCCUCMGGCCUGGAGGAGACUCUGACCUUCGAGGUGGCCAUUGCAACCAGUCUGGGUCGGGCCAACACCAUCAGCUCUGCCCCCCAGCUCAGACACAACUGGCAGGUCCCCAACGGACAAUUCCAUAAACGCCUGGGUCAGGCCAGCUCUCUGGCCGCCUGCGAGCUCCUGUGUGACACCGAUGAGGAUGACCGCUGUUAGGUCCGGUACUGGGAGAUGAAGAGGAGGAAGAUGGACAGCAAAACUGGGUACCAGAGAGACAGGGGUCCUCAGUCUGAAGUACACUGUCAGGGCGUGUACUGAGUGUGCAUCUGUCUGUGUGUGUGUUUGUAGGAGUGCAAUAUGUUUGCCAAAUCAAUAAGACAGGGAAGAUAUGGGAAGUGCACUGCUGGCGUACAGUGCAAAAGUUCACCAGUUGCAUUUUGAUUGUUGUUUGAACAAAGUCAAAUAACUGGGGAGCAUGUAUCCUCACUGCUUAGACCUAUGACAAAAUAAUAAAUAUGUUUUAAGUACAGUAUGUAGCUGAAAAUAGCAUGUGAGACUGAAGUAGCAGGAAUGUAUUAAAAUGGUUCUCUUUUCCUCAUAUAAGAUAAGAAGAAAGCUCUCAAUUGUUCGAUCUUUGUGGAUCAUGAAACAGUGAUUGGUGUGUAGGGAUCCGAGGCAUACAUUGGCUGUCACAUCAGACACUGCUUUAAAACAACCCAGCUAKCACAUKUGGUUGCUUGGAAAUUGUGGCAACGUAAGUUCUUGGUCCUAGCAACGAAGCCAUAAGUUUCUUCACCAGUAAAAUGCAACGUUUUUUAAACAUUCUGAGAAUGGAAGUGAAAAUUUUGUCUCUUCUGGUAAAGUACAUUUUUAGGUUGCAGAGAGGAUCUGAGAACAUUUUACUAUGGUUACCUGAAAGUUUUAUUAACGUUUUGAGAACGUAAAUUCUAGGUAGUUUAACUGUUUUGAACUCCAAGCACAGAUAGGACACAUGGAAAUUCAUKAAGCAUUAA